AGUCAACCACACCUCACAAGUGCAACUGGUGCAACGUGCAUCUCUGUGUCGUGCGAGGAAAGCGGCGGCAAAGUUCAACGAAAUGGGCAUAAACCGUGUGGCAGCCGCUGCACUCCUCUUCACGACGUUAGCGGUCCACACAUCGGCCGAUUCUUACAUUUCGGAACCGUCGCUAGGCACCUCUUUCGAAUUUAAGCUGCACGUCGACGCUGGCAAGGAGGAGUGCUUCUAUCAAAACGUCGAGGCGGGGGCAUCGGUCUACGUGGCCUACCAGGUGACGGGCCUCUCAUCAGCUGGCCGCUGUUUGUUGUUGACGGCCGAACCGCGGCAUACGGCGCUUCUUUCGAGCGGUAUACGACGGCCGUCAUCGUGCAAGUGCUGCGCUUUUUGUGCAUCUGAGAAGCGACAACACGUUGCCACUUCGACGACCGCUCCACGCUUGGGGAUGCGAGCCCGAAAACCGGAUCUUUCCUUCGUUUCGAAGCCUACUUGCGGCGGCGUGCAUUUCGACGAAGCUGGGUGCUCGGUGGUAGCCGGCGUACUGAGGGGUGGUGAUGGACAAGCGGGCUUUGCGGUUAGGCACCCCAAUGGACAGCACGUGUUGCCUUACCAGUGGCGGCCAUCAGCCGAAUAUGAGGAAACCUCUGCCACCACAACAGGGUUCUACCAGCUGUGCAUCGACAACUCUAUGUCCCACUUUGCGGCAAAACUGGUGAGCUUGUACUUCAACUCCUUCAAGAGAGACAAGUGGGAGUCAUACGUCCAGGAGAUUGAGGCUCUUGGCGUGACAGUCAACAACUUCACUGACGUGCUACAAAAGGUGGAUGGCCAAGUAGGAGAGAUGCUCAAGUAUCAGGACCAGAACCGGAGACACAUGGCCAAGGACUGGUACAUUGUGGACGGCAACAACCGUUACGUCCAGUACUGGUCCCUGGCACAGUGUGCCAUCGUUGUGCUCACCUCCACCAUCCAGGUCUACUUUGUGCGCAAGCUCUUCGAGGUGAAGAACGUCACACCAACGUCCAAGCCACGAGCGUGAUGGACUCUCCCAAAUACUGAGAACAAUGCUUUGGGACACAAAUUUUCGGACAGUAAGGAAACCUUUGUUGAGUCUUCCAUGGGGAGAAUGGCCACACAAAACAAAAUGGGGUCGUUGUCGUUGCUGUUACCAUUGCUACUCUCGUUGCUACUCCUUGGCUCCACGUACUUGGAAGGAAAAGUGACUCAUGUGUCCGGUGAUUGAUGGUGCUCGAUUUGUGGUUUUGUCUUCUCGCGUGCGGUGGGUGCCAAUGGGCAUGUGUCAGGUUCUCUUGGAUGUGACAGCUUAUGGCCAAACAUGACGUUAUUGUGCAAAGAGAAUUCAUAUAUAUUGCUGCUGUAAAUUACUGCUGUAAAUUACUGCCUAGGAAAGAUAUGCUCUACGAGUGUUUGUUUUUUAUGCCUGCACAUUGGUGGUAUAUUGAUUACGUGUUCUGGCACCAGAUGUUUAUGAUGCAUCUGGCAUUUUUUAGGGCGACUUUUUUCUGUUGAUUGUCUGCAGGUUACCAGAGGGGUUGUGAAUGAACCGCACAAAUGCAUUCUGGAAUUGAAUGACCUCGUACAAUCUGGCACUCCUUGCGCUUCCUUUUAUAUAGGGAGGUGGCACAAAGUAUAAGUCAAAUGUUUACAAUUUUAGCUUGAAGGCUUCUAGAAAAUUGUAAUUUUACACUGGCCAUGGUUUCAUCUUCUUUAAACGUACGAGAACAAAAAAUAAUUUUUAUCAGUUCCUUUUUAUUGUUAUGGGCUAGAUUUUAAAACAAAGGUAUGCUGAUUUUAUGGUUUGGCAUUUAAAUCUUACAUAGUCUUUUAAAUAUUUCAUUCAGUACAAUGAAACCAGUUUGUGCUCCUACAUGUUGUUUAAUUCACAUUUUGUAGGCAUACUGUGUCUGUGUGCAAAGAACAGAAAUUUUGUGCAACUCAUGCCCAAAGAUGGUAUGGCGGGUUGCAAGGUCGUCCCUAGACAGACCUUUUUCGAAUUUGCCUCCUUUGACUGUGAUGAUAUUGACAUAGGUAUGCUCUGUGAUUGCUAAUAACUUCUAAGCUGCAUGGUUUUGCAAGCUUAUGCAUGGUCCACACACAUUCCGUUUAAAAAUAAACAGCCCUAUUGCACUUGAUUCCAGAAAUGACGCAUGGUUGGCUGACUUUUUGUAAUAAAUUGUGAUCUCAAGUGGC